GUGACACGGGGCGGGGGGUUCUGUGGGGACACGGGGAGCCCCGGUCCACGCCCCACGUCCCGGGGCGGUCCCGGCCGGUCUCGCCCCACGCCCACGCCCGGCCCCGCGUGCGGAAGCUCCGGGCGGCGGCCCCGGCACCGGCCCCGAGCGCAGGCCAUGGAGCCCCCGCGCCGGGUGCGCCUCAAGCCCUGGCUGGUGGCCCAGGUGAGCAGCCGCCGCUUCCCGGGGCUGCACUGGCUCGACCCCGAGCACCGCCGCUUCGUCAUCCCCUGGGGACACGCCACCAGGAACCCCCCGGGGCCCCAGGACCACGACACCAUCUUCAAGGCGUGGGCGCAGGAGACGGGCCGGUUCCGGGCCGGGGACCCGCCGGACCCGCCGCGCUGGAAGGCCACGCUGCGCUGCGCCCUCAACAAGAGCCGCGAGUUCCGGCUGCUGCUGGACGGGCCCCGCGGCUCCCCGGCCCAGCCCUUCCGCGUGUACGAGCUCUGCGAGGAGACCCCCGGGGGCGCAGAUGGGGGGGACGAGGAUAACUAUGGCUGCAGUGGGGAGGAAGACGUCAGCCAGCUCCACAAGAUGACAUCCCUGAGCAUCGAUGACACGAAGCACGGGGGGGACCUGCUGCCCCCCUACCCCUGGCCCAAGGAGGAGGCUCCCCCCUUUGCCAACCACUGCCCCCCGGGGGGACCCUUCGGGCCUCCCCCCCCGGCACUGCUCCAGGGGGAGGCAGGGGGCACCCACGGGGCCCCUGAGCUGCUCCCCGGGGCUGUUGCCGAGAUGGGGCCCCCCCUGGGCCCCCCGGGGCCCUCGUCCGCCUGCCCGGUGGCACCGACAGAGCACCUGGUCCCCGACCUGCUGGUCAGCCCGCACAUGCUGCCACUGACUGACCUGGAGCUGAAGUUCCAGUACCGGGGCCGCCAGGUGAGUGCCCUGACCGUCAGCAACCCCCACGGCUGCCGGCUGUUCCACAGCAGCCUGGAGCCCACGCAGGAGCAGGAGGAGCUCUUCGGGCCCCUGACGCUGGAGCAGGUGCCCUUCCCUGCUCCCGACGCCAUCCCCAACGAGAAGCAGCGCUUCUACACCCACCAGCUGCUGGACGUGCUGGACCGAGGGCUCAUCCUGGAGCUCCAGGGCCAGGACCUCUUCGCCCUCCGGCUCUGCCAGUGCAAGGUCUUCUGGACAGGGCCCUGUGCCGCUCCCCGGCCCGGCCCCAACCCCAUCCAGAGGGAGAGGAGGACCAAGCUCUUCAGCCUCGAGGGCUUCCUCAACGGCCUGAUCCAGUUCCAGAAGGGGCAGAGCCCCACGCCGCCCCCCUUUGAGAUCUUCCUCUGCUUCGGCGAGGAGUGGCCGGACCAGAAGCCCAAGGAGAAGAAGCUGAUCACGGUGCAGGUGGUGCCGGUGGCGGCGCGGCUGCUGCUGGAGAUGUUCUCCGGGGAGCUCUCCUGGUCGGCCGACAGCAUCCCGUUGCAGAUCUCGCACCCCGACCUCAAGGACAGGAUGGUGGAGCAGUUCAAGGAGCUGCACCAGCUCUGGCAGAGCCAGCAGCGGCUGCCGCCGGCGCAGCCCCCGCCCGGCCCCUCCGCGGGGCCCUGGGCGCUGCCCCCCGGGCCCCUGCCCCGCUGACACCCCGCGCUGGCACUGCCGGCCGGGGUGGGGUGCGGCACCCCGUGCCCAUCGCGGCCGGCGGGGCCGGAGCCACCCAGCACCCUCGGCCCUGUCCCCAGCCCCGUCCCCAUCGCCCCGGAGCUGCCAGGGACCAGCAGCUCCCAGGGGAAGGGACCCCUUACCCUCCUGCACUGCCCAAGGAUCAUCCCCCCGGCAUUUUGGGGCGAAAAGCAAAAAAAACAGGGGCUGGGGUCACCUUGGACCUGGAGCCCCCCAGGGAUGGGGGUACCCAACGCUGGGGGGGCACAAAGCAGCCCCAGCCCUGAGAGAAGAACCAGAGGAACCUCAGGAGGUUUUAAGUUAUUUUUUCAGUUUUUUGUUGUUUUUUAUUGUUCUCGAGAUGGCUACACACCCCCGGAGGGAACCGCAUGCGCCCACCCGCCCUGCCUGCACUCAAGCCACCGCCUCCUACCCCAAAAUCAAACCAAAGAAAACCCUGAAAAAGGGAAAAAAAAAAAAAAGAAAACAAUCAAACAAGAAAACAAACAAAAAAAAGCAGAACAAAAUAAAAUAUAAAUCUCUA